AAGCGACACUUGAGAUAAAUGGACUUCCUUUUUAGAUAUAAAAUACCCGGGUUUCAUUAUAACAAUAUAAUGUUUUUAUAUAGUUUCAUCGAGUAGCAUGUUGAUGUGUUCAGUGUAUGAUUCACUGGUGUUUCCUUCAUAUACAAGAUGUACUUACAAGAGAUGUUCUUCGCAACUUGAAACCCACUUGAACAACACAAUCAACGGGAAAUUUAUGUUCCGUUUGUUAGUUUUAAAUUGAAAGUUUGAUAACGUUCUAGCUGGACAGUGUUUUAAACAAGUGUUAUUUACAGACUUGGACUCGCAAGUGUUUGCAUGGAAAUGGCAGUGUUUUUCAUGGGAUGCUGUAAAAUCAGCGCUGUUCUGGCGAUGGUAGUUUUGUGCUGCUGGGGCGGAGCUGAAGGCGUCACAACAACAGAGGGGUUAACAACAGAGGGAACCCCGACAGCGUUGGACUCGACGCAUGCAGCCACACAUUUCAGUGAAUCGGGCAACGCCAACACCGACCAACCGAUAACCAACAACAACAACAAUGAUAAGUCUCCGUCCACGGAUUACUUAUCCAGCACCGAUGCCUACGAUGACUACAGCGCCGACUACAGCGCCGACUUCAGCACGGAUAGCACCACACACACAACCCCAACGGCAAAACCAAUGACAGCUCCUCGGCAACCGAGAGAGGGUUGUUCCUGCACUUUGAGACUGGCAGUCGCCAUCCCUGUGUCCAUUAUAGCCGGGAUGAUACUCGUCUUUGUGCCAUUCCGCAUUUACAUAAACCAACAACUAUGUUUUAGGCGAACAAGACGUGGACGAUGGUCCGGCGCCAGCGACAGAACCACGGAAAAGGUAUUGCGCCAGCUCAACCUAGAUAGACUGAACGAGCUGGAGAAGAAACAACUCCAUAGUAAUCUUAAAUAUGUUGCCCAAGGCGAUUCCGUGUCAAUACUAGUUACUGGACCGGAGGAGAAGUCGUCUCAGGUAUAUGAUCAGAUUCGAGAUGGCGAGCUUAGUACGGCUAACAACACCACUGAGCGCGUUGACAAUGUGUACCAAACGUUGAUAUCCGAAACUGAACAUACCAAUGGUAACGCUGCAGUAUUAGUAGAAAGUGAGACAAGUGUCAAGAAGGAACCGCCUGAACGUGAUAACAAUGAAGCGGAGUCUGAAGUUAUGUGUACUAAUGCAGAAGACAAAUCAAACGAUGAGAAUGAUCUGGCAAGCCCAUUGCCAUCAGACCUGAGAGCGAGGUCCGAACAACAGCUGUAUGAGGUCGGCAGAGAGAGCGCCAUAAGCUCGAAAGAGCUUAACUUUUUGACAAUUGAAAAUGAAAACUUCAGGUCAAGUGCACAAUGAACACGGUCGUCUCUUUAAAAAAUCAUUGAUUUAAAGCUGCACUCUCACAGAUAUACCAUUUUUAUAUAAAAAAAUUGUCUUAGGAAGAGCAAAUUUUUGCGUAAAUAUCUGCAAAACAAUGAUAUAAGAUUGCUGACAAAAAAUCAGAUCGUAGAUUUUUUAUAUUUCCGUUCCAAAAUUAAUGUUUUAUGGCUGAUACCGUAUGGAUACAAAAUGCAUAAAACAUAAAAAAAAAUCAAUUUUUGAACUUAAUUAUAAAAAUAUGCAUUUUUUUUGUCAGCAUUCUUAUAUACAUGUUUCUUAUGGAUUUCCACAUACAAAUAGCUCGUUCCAAGACAAUAAAUAAAAAAAGGUCUCAAAACGUUCAAUCUGUGAGAAAACAGCUUUCAAAUGAAACUUCAGAUCAAGUGCACGAUGAACAUGGUCGUCUCUUUAAAAAAUCAUCGAUUUUAAAUUUGACAGUUUUUUUUUGAUUUAGAUUACUUUUUAUGUACAAUGCAUUGUAUGUUGCCUAAUUUGAUAUGUUGAAACGAUCUCAAAAUUGUUUUCGCGAUAACAUAGUUACAUUCGCCACUUCGUCUUUUCUUUUGAAAGACAAUAUAUCAAAUUACUUGUAUAAAGCUUUGUUUUACAAAAGUGUAUAUGACGCAAAUAAAAUGAAUUCCAAACCAAAA